AUGAGAGGUGCCACGCAAGUCUCAGUCAUGCUCCUCCUUGUCACUGUGUCCGACGGUGCUGUGAUCACCGGGGCCUGCGAGCGGGACGUGCAGUGCGGGGCCAGCACCUGCUGUGCAGUCAGCCUGUGGCUGCGUGGACUGCGGGUGUGCACCCCACUAGGACGGGAAGGAGACGAGUGCCACCCCGGCAGCCACAAGGUCCCCUUCUUCGGAAAACGCCGGCACAACACCUGCCCCUGCCUGCCCAACCUGCUGUGCUCCCGGUGCCUGGACGGCAGGUACCGCUGCUCCGUGGACUUGAAGAGCAUCAACUUUUAG